GUAAUUGCAAUUGUAUGGUGAGGAGAAAUUCCAAGUUUCCAUGAAACUUCCUGCUGUGCUAAAGUAAACGCAAAGUCAAAAAGUGUGGUGAUGCAUGUCAGGCCUGCUGUUGUGUUCUCAAAUAACUAAGCGUCCUUGUUAGUCUGUCCAUAGCCAACACCCUAGGAAGCAUUCCUGCAUCUAAAAAUCUCUCAUGGUGAACUCAUGUGCACCUGCAGCAUUUCUUCACUCUUCUGCAUCCUGGCAAGCUUUACUUGUCUUUUUUAUUUCUGUGACUGCAGUUGGUGCCGCAGAUGCUGGAGGCCAAGAUGCUGGUGGCCAAGGUCCGUGUCCUCAUUUCUCCUGUGGUGAUCUUGGCAACAUAUCCAAACCUUUCCGUAGGCCAGGCGACCCAGAAGAGUGCGGUGUAAAAGCAUACGAGCUGGUCUGUAGCAACGGCAAGGCUACAAUUCGCAUCAACACGGGGACAUAUUUUGUCACCAGCAUCAACUAUACCAAUCGUUCCUUCUGGGUUGUGGACGCCAAUUUGGAUAUGCACAGCAGCUGCCCUCUUCCUCGUUGGGAUCAGUUUCCUUACACUUCUGAGGGAUUGUUCUGGAGAAGUGGUAAACAUACCCAUAUCGAUUUGCCCACUGAUGAUGCCUCUUUGUGGGCAUGCUUUGUUAAUUGUUCGAGAGCAGUUAGGAUUACGAAUAACUUGGGGUACAAGCCCGUUACUUGCCUGAGUGGGAGCAGUUCCUUUGUUUAUAUAUAUGUACAGUAUGGGGCUUGCACAGUCGGAUCUCUUGAACCUUUUUGUGGAUACUUGGCCGAGAUUUCCUUUGGUACCAAUCCGAAGGGUACUAAUGCAAGUUAUGCAGAUAUCAUACAAGUGGUAAAGAAGGGAUUUUCUGUUGGAUUCCCAAAGGACGAAUAUGAUUAUAGCUACCAUAAUACUUCUUGGAUAUUCAAGACAUGCCUAAAUAAUUUUACCAGGUACUUCCACGAGCAAUUGUCUAGCGGAGGCAUCGUUGGUAUAACUCGUGCUUUCUUUUGGAGUGAUGUAUUUCUUCUCAAGUGCGCAGAGAGUUACAAUGCCACAACUGUUAUUUUAGAUUUCGAUGUGAUAUCCGUAGUGACUGGUGUUAAAAUCACAACGUUACUUGUACUGUUCAGGUUUGUGUUCACAGCACUAGCAGUACAGAUGUUCCUUGCCCACAAGUACUGGAAAACAACGAUAGCAAUUGACGCUGUCGAGAAAUUCCUCCACAUGCAACAAAUGCUUGGUCCUACUAGGUUUGCCUACACUGACAUCACUGCGAUCACUGGCCAUUUCAGAGACAAGUUGGGUCAAGGAGGAUACGGCUCCGUAUACAAGGGUGCACUACUCUCAGGCAAUAUGCAUGUUGCCGUCAAGAUGCUGGGCAACUCGAACUGCAAUGGGGACGAGUUCAUCAGUGAGGUCUCCACCAUCGGUAGGAUUCACCACAUCAAUGUGGUUCGCCUUGUGGGCUUCUGUGCAGAGGAAAUGAGAAGGGCACUGGUCUAUGAGUACAUGCCCAAUGGUUCUCUUGACAAGUACAUAUUCUCGGCCGAAAGAAGUUUUUCUUGGGAUAUGCUCAACGAGAUUGCUUUGGGCAUUGCAAGGGGAAUCAACUACCUGCAUCUAGGGUGCGACAUGCAGAUCCUUCACUUUGACAUCAAGCCACACAACAUUCUUUUGGACAGCAAUUUUGUCCCAAAAGUUUCUGACUUUGGCCUUGCCAAGUUGUACCCGAGAGACAAGAGCUUUGUGCCAGCAAGCGCCAUGCGGGGAACUAUUGGGUACAUAGCUCCUGAAAUGAUAUCUCGUAGCUUUGGUGCCAUAUCAAGCAAAUCUGAUGUUUAUAGUUUUGGUAUGCUACUGCUCGAGAUGGCAGGAGGGCGAAGGAACGCAGACCAAAAUGCAGCCAACUCAAGCCGAGCAUACUACCCAGCCUGGGUUUAUGACCGCCUAGCGGAACAAGACGCUGGCGAGAUUUCUGUUGCGGCAGACAUGCAUGAGUUGGAGAGGAAACUGUGCAUCGUUGGGCUACGUUGCAUUCAAAUGAAGCCGCAGGAUCGUCCGACCAUGAGCGAGGUUAUAGAGAUGCUCGAGUGUGGCACUCAUGGCCUGGGCCUGCAAAUGCCUUCUAGGCCAUUCUUCUGUGAUGAUGAUGAUCCUAAUAUGCCUGCAGCAGAUUCUUACCAUUUCUCAUCGGAGCUUACUGCAAUAUCUGAGGAAGAUGGUUGAAGAAAUAAUACAUGUCUUUAUGCAUUCAGAUGAAGCCACAUGAUCGUCCAAUGAUGAGUCAAGUCGUAGGGAUGCUUCAGUGAUCAUAUGGUUCAUACAGAUUCUUACCAUUUCUCCUCAGACCUGAAUGCAAUUGUAACACCCGGGUUUCGGGGCACCAA